AUAUCAUGUAUAUAUCUUUCUACGAAUGACUCUGACAACAUCAGACGAAUGGUCGGGAAUAGACGAGACGGCGUUAUCCACCAGUCGUCGUCUUCGCAUCACGGGGAUAAUACAACCUACAACCAACCUAUAACCGUCGUGGAAUAACGUAACGCGUAGCUGCUCAUAAUAAUAUAUACGUAAUACGCAUAAUAUGUAAUAACUGCGAUACGGUGCACUAUUUAUGUCGUAUUUAUUCAAUAGGAUUUAUAAACGAUCGCAAUAUCGUACGCGACUGCUUGUAUUAUAACUGUCCACGUUCGUCCGGGAAGGGGCUCGUCCGAUCCGCAAUCGACCACUUUCUCCGGCGGCCGGAAAGUUUUUUUUUUUCAGAACUCCAUCGACCGCGCUUUGAACACGGUCGUAUAUCAUAGUGGUAUACGGGCAGUUUAGCGGUCAAGUACUACGGCGGCGCGAUUAUAAUAUUAAUAUAUUUUUUCAAAUAUAUUAUAAUCGGCUAUAAUAACAUAAUACACCGAUAAUCCUACACGCGUAUCCUCAGUCGGCCGAGUCUUCCGACGGAAUUGCACCACGUUUGCACAGGCCGUCCAGAACUCACUAUACAUAACACUUGGUCGUACCGAUAACCGUCAUGGGAGCGUACGUGACGUGGACUUUGGAGGUAUUGGCGUUUGCGACUUUCGUCGUGAUCGCGGUGUUUAUGCCGUACGCUCGUCGAAAACGUGACUAUUGGACGAGUCGUGGGGUGCUGGCAGCGGCGGGUUAUCGGUCGUUGGCCAACACGCUGCCGGGAGUCCGUCUGCACGACAGGUCGCUGUCACGUCACCGAGACGACGCCAAAGCCAAGGGCGCCGCCGCGCUCGGGCUCUUCGACGGCGGUCGGCCGGUCGUACUGGCGUGCGAUUUCCGCGUGGCCGCGGCCGCGCUUGGCAACGACGGAUUUGCCGAGGCGAAAACCACACGUGACGGCGAGACGAGUCUCGUACCGUCCGCGGUGGACGCGGGCGCGGUGACCGCCGUGCUGCCGACCAUGGCCGUGUGCGUGGCCGAGCUCAUAACGUCGCUGGAAGCCGUGGCCAACCGUCGGUUGACCAUUUCGCCGUGGACGGAGGUGAAAAAUUGUGCGAUGACGGUGGUGGCCACGUGCGUGUACGGGCAACCGAUGGUCGACUCGCGAAUCAAAGCGUUCGCGGAACAGUGCAAAAAGGCGUUGUCGGGUGGUGGCGGUCGGCCGGCGGUCACCGACUACUUCGCGUCGUACGAUUUGUCGUCGGACGGACGAACGUCGUCUACCGAUUUCAAGCAGAUUUUCAUGGCAGCCGCCGCGAACAGUGACAAAAUCGAUGCAGAUGUUGCCGACAAACAAGUGAGAUUAGACAUGUUCGAGUUCGUGACAGGCACUAUAGAACAGACGGCGGCACUAGUAACGGGUGUACUGUAUGAGUUAGCCCACAACCAAAAUAUCCAAAACAAUCUCAGAGAGCACUUGGAUAGCGAGCUGGACGAACAUCAGCAACAGGUCACAAUCGACCAAUUGGAUCGGUUACCGUACUUGGAAAACGUGUUAAAAGAAACAUUGCGGAAGUAUCCACUGGCGGCCGUUGUGCGCCGUGUGGCCACAAAACCGUACGUUGUGCCCGAAACAAGUGGCCGUGGCACCAUCGAACCGGGCUCGCUAAUCAUAGUACCGGUGCAUGCGUUGCACCACGACGCAGAACACUUUCCCGAACCGGAAGAGUUCCAGCCGCACCGGUUUCCCGGGCAACUGUCUUCGGCGUACAUGCCACAUGGAAGCGGACCGCAGUCCUAUAUCGGUAAACAUUUUGUGGAACUGGAAGCCAAGCUCAUCAUCGCCACGCUAGUGUCCCGGUACGAAGUGCACUUGGAAAGGGACAAACCUGGAAUUUCACCAGACUCGUUGAACCCGAGAUCGUUCGCGGGCGUACGCGUGACAGUGGCAAACCGGAGCGGUGUUCGGGAGCCAAAGAUGUACACUUCUCUGCGUCAGUUACAUAAUAGCAACGACGAAAAUGCUAGUGGCCGGAAAUUCCUGUUCUUCUAACCGCGUUGCCGCUGGGACGAGACAAGCGGUUCGGUAUAAUAUCGACUGGUAAAAAGCCAAAACAGGAUUUAAGCGAUGGUUUUACCUUUUCUUUGGGAGAGCAAAAUCAAAAAUGUGUAUAUUAUUAUAUUCUUAAUAUUAGUCUUUGGUUUUCGUAGAAGAUCUAGAAAUGAGUAUGUUGUUAUAAUGUAUUGAUAAAUUUAAUAGCAUUUAUUUGAAAAAAUGGCCUUGUUUAUAAUAUAUUAUAGGUUUGAUAAAUAUUAUAAUAAUUUUAAAAAUAUCAAAUUCAUCACUGUAUUGAAAACAAUACUAAAAUCAUAAGUAUCUAACGAAUGUUUUCAAGAUUAUACUCUAUAUUUUAUAUGUUCGUUCAGCAAAUUUAAUAUCUACAAAAGUACAAACAAUUAAAAGAAAAGGGAUAACACAUAUUCGAUCGUUGCAUCUGUAUUCAAGUUUAAAAUAUUCGAUAAGAAAAUAAUAAUAAUAGUCAGAGCCAUGUAUUUUACGAAUAUCCUCACACAUAUGUUUCAUAAGAGCCGUACACCCCCUCUCCUCACUCAAAUAAAAAACACCCUAUAAGUAUCUUUUUUUUCGUAUCCUGUGAGAAAAUGCCAUUUGUCACAAAAUUAGAGAUUAAAUAUCUCUUACUAAAUGAUUACUAAAAAAAGAACAUUAGUGCUUACACGAUAAAAUUCUUGAACUGUUGGUUAUAUUGUAGUAUAAUUAAUAUACCUCAUGUCGCUUAUUCCUUUUUACCUUUUACCAGUCGAAUUAUUAUCAUGUGUGCAAAGUGGACUACUAUUAUAUAAAUUUAAUUUAACAAUAAAAUUAUCAACCAUAGACUUUUUUUUAUAUUUUUUAAGCUUACGCCAUGUAAUAUUUAUACGACAUAAUUCGAUUAUGAUGUUAUUCGAAAAAAAAACAAUAAUAAAUUGUUCUACUAUUGACGAAUUUCGAUGGAAAUAUAUUUUUAUUUAUAGUGAA